AAUUCCGUUGAAUAUAUACCAAGAUGACAGUGUUUCCCACAACUUUAGCUGUGGUGUGCCUUUGCGUCAUCGGCAGUGUCCUGACACAAACAUGCGAUGAUAUCGACGCCAGCGUUUGUCUUGCGUUCAAUAAUGAAGAAGACAUAUGUUCCGACCAAUGUCUAUCGAAGUUAUGUCCACGAACAUGUGGAAAAUGUCCACUGAAAUGUUAUCAAUGCGAUUCUGUUUCCAACGUAAAUGAUUGCAACUCUACCAUGGAAUGCCCCGCAGAUAGCAUGUGCAUUGCUAGUGAGUCCCUAGGAGCAGACUUUAGCAUGACUUACCGAUUAGGAUGUGCAACCAAUGACGUGUGUGCGCGAUUAUUUGGAUCGAGUCCGGGCGGAAACUCUUUAAUAAUUGGACGAAGGUCUUCUAACAGGAGAGCCAGUUUAAACGGUGACUGCUGUAACACAGACCUGUGUAACAGACACAACCCGUCACCGCCAAGUAUUCGACGUCAAUUGGCAAACCUCACGACAACCACAACUGAAACCAUGGUAACCACGACUGAAACCAUGACAACCACAGCAUUCAUUAACUCAAAGUGUGCAGACAUUGAUACGGCGGCCUGUCUGAGGUUGUCUGGUCUGAAUAAAGGGAUGUGUAGUGAUCCCUGUGUGGUACAGGCCUGUCCUAGAACCUGUGGACAGUGUUCGGAGUGUUAUUGGUGCAACCAUGUUAAGAAUCCAGAGCAAUGCAACCAGACAACUCACUGUGAGACGGGAGAGGUAAGCAUCUCUCUGUUUAGUUAGGCGUAGCAUGAUUCUUCAUUCAUUUCAUGUUGGUCUACACUGAGAUAGCGAAAAUGUUAAAAGCUUGAUGUAAAUUAGCAAUUUAUUCUUCAAUCCUAUUCCAUGUUGUAUUGUUUGAUAAAGGAGAAAUUAGCAUCACACUCUUCUCCAAUGUGUUUUAUUUUAUCUUCUGAUGCUAAACAUCGUAAUAGGGGAGAUGUUAAAAACCUCACUCUUUCUGUUCAGCCCAUUUCGUGAUCAACCUCGUGAUAUAUUUCAGAAAUAAUGAUCGCGUUUUCGUGUAUGUUGCAGGAUAACCUCCGAGGUCGAGAAAUGUUGUUUUGAAAUAUAAAAGCCGAGGCGUUUUUUAUUUCAAACAAUUCGAGACAGAGGUUAUCCUGCAUCAUACACGAAAAUAGAGAAAUUUAUUUCUAUUCUAGUACUGCUCAGAAAUAUACAGCCGAUCGUUUACCUAUAUAGCUACGAAUUAGGUCACUGUGACAUCAUGUCAGUUUCCGAAAUAGCCUACAUUAUUUUGUGCUGACCAAAAAAAACGUGAGAUGAUAGGAGUAUACUAAAUAUAUUUUGAAAAAACAAAUUUCAUGUACAUGUAUUUAGUUUGGUGUUAACGGAUUAUUUCAAUUGCUUUUAAUACAGUUCAAGAAAAA